UAUGUCCCUUGAACUAGGGUUGGGUUGCAGUUGCGGAUCAUUUCUGCAGUAAUAAUCUGACGAUUUGUGUGUACGAUCACACAUAUCAGAAAAUAUUUAAUCUUAACUUUAUAUAAAAUAAUAUAUUUCUGAAACUAUGGAGUCUCCAGAUGACACUACUCAAAAGACGUCAGAAGAGAAAAGCGGUCUUUCUUCUGCGCAGAGAAGAGCAGAAAUUCGGAGGCGCAAAUUGCUGAUGAAUUCUGAAGACAGAAUGAAACGAAUCGUAGGUUUUACCAAAUCGGAAUCUGAAAAUAACGGCGCGUCAAGCCGUGUCACCGAGCCCAGGUUUCAUCUGGACUUAGACAGGAUCGAGCCCUGGUCAGCCUCCUCCCCAAGACUGUCUCCGUUCCUUCCAGAGGCAGUAGGCAGCAGCCACCCUCACAGCAGUGUCCCAGAGAGGACAGGGUCACCACUGGGCGACUGUAGCAAGGUGUUGGGUGGUGGUGUGGUUGAGGAUGUGACCCCGGGGGUCCGACAGAGGCCACGGGGGGAAGCCCAGCUGGCAGCUGAAGACCCCAGCCAUUCGGCAUCCCCACGCGGUGGGCUGCAGAAGUAUCUGUCCCGCUUUGAUGAUGCAAUGAAGCUCCGAGGCCAACUGGCCAAUGAGAAACAAGCCCAGGAUGCGGCCAGCUCAGACACAGAAGAGUUGGACUCUUUCAGGCUGUUUAGGCUUGUCGGGAGUGUCCUCCUUGCUAUUUUUGUCAGGGUUUUUGUCUGCAAGUAUCUGUCCAUAUUCGCCCCAUUUCUCACCCUUGAACUGGCCUACAUGGGGUUGUACAAAUAUUUUCCCAAGGUGGAGAAGAAGACGCACACCACAGUCCUGACUGCUGCUCUCCUAUUGUCUGGCAUCCCUGCUGAAGUCAUCAACCGCUCCAUGGACACCUACAGGAAGAUGGGCGACGUCUUUGCAGACCUCUGUGUUUAUUUCUUCACAUUCAUCCUCAGUCACGAGGUCCUGCUGUUGGUUGGGUCAGAAGAGACUGAGUCUCUCUGACGGAUCGCUGUCACCCCCUUUGGCCGGCAGAGUUGGUCAUUGUGCCGUCCUCUGAAACUGAUGUUACCCCACCAUCCAUCUCUGAGUCAACCAUUUCCCAUCCUUAAUAGGUAGAGGGUUAGGGGUCAAAGUGCAGGUAGACAAGGCAGGAAGACAGGCCUAACGGGUUGAACAACGUAACAUUACACAUUUGUUUUCUGACCCUCCUCGGUCGAGGUCCACGAAAACUGGUGUAUUAAUUCCGUCAAACAAAUUGUUUUUGUUGUGAAACAAUUAGUCAAAAUCAGUUUCUGCUGGACAAAUUCAGGAGUUUUCCCAUAAGAACUGUUUGACGCACAUUGUUUUGCUACUAAACGUUUUGUCUGGUAGAAGGAAUCCACCUCUGCUUUGACGUUUAUAUAAUCCAACCAGGGUCGUGUAAAAGGUGCAGCUUUUGGGUGGGUUUACGUUUUGUUUCAGGUGAAUUGAUCUGUCUUAAAUGGAAGACAGGAGAUUUGUCUUUUUUGUUGCCUAUUAGUGCAUCCUUGUAUGCAUAAAAAACAAGAUUGACCAUCUGUACAUGUGGACUUUUAAUAAAAAGUGUUAAAUUGUCUUCUGGGCUUGGGAAAGGAUUUGUUACUAGUUGUUUUGUUUUGAAAACUGUUUUGACACUGCCUUUCAGUGUGGGGCUGUUGGAUGUUACAAGCUUGUCUAUCUGUUCUGGAUAACUGAUUGUGGAAAUAUCAUGUAUUGCUUUUCUGUCUAUCCCAGCCUUAAUUAUACGCUCUCUGUGGCAUGUUAGGUCAUAUGUUAAUACACAAUUAAUUUAUUCAGUUUAACUGAGACUGCUGUUUCAUAUUACUUCAUUUGUGAUCUGUUAUAUGCAGAUCUACUUCUGCUUUUCAUAUUCAUGUUUAAAAUGAAAAUCUAAAGUUUAAAUGCAUUGUUAAGGGUUUAUGUCAUGUAAUAUAUUCAAUUCCGCGUCAACACAAAGCUAAAGAGGUGUCAGUGUAGCAUAUCAUAGUGGUAUUUAAUUUCUACCUGCUGAAAUGAAUGGCUGCAUUAAACCAAUAAAAUCUCUACAUUACACAA